UGGGGGGCUGGGGCCGGCGCGGGGCGCGGGGAUGGCGCGCCGCGGGACCUGAGCGCAGCCCGCGGGGAGGCCGCCUGGUGGCCGCGAUGGGCUCGGCGCGGGGCCGCCUACCAGCCGGGCCGUGAGCGCCGGCGCCUCGCCGCCGCCCGGCCCCGCGCGCCGCCGGGAACAUGGCCCUGGAGCAGCUCGGCUCGAUCCUCAAAGUGCUGCUGAUCACGGUGCUGGUGGUGGAGGGGAUCGCCGUGGCCCAGAAGCCCCCAGAUGGACAGAACAUUGGGGUCAGGGCUGUGGCUGGCACCCAUUGCGGCAUCUGGGUUCGAACCAGCAAUGGAGGCCACUUCGCUUCACCGAGUUACCCCGAACCGUACCCGCCCAACAAGGAGUGCAUCUACGUUUUGGAAGCGGCACCCCGGCAAAGGAUCGAGCUGGCCUUCGACGAGCACUUCUACAUCGAGCCCUCGUUCGAAUGCCGCUUUGACCACCUGGAGGUUCGCGACGGGCCCUUCGGCUUCUCUCCGCUCAUCAACCGGUUCUGCGGCGUGAAGAGCCCUCCGCUGAUCCGAUCCACGGGGCGCUUCAUGUGGGUCAAGUUCAGUUCCGACGAAGAACUGGAAGGAAUGGGAUUCCGAGCAAAGUACUCGUUUAUUCCAGAUCCAGACUUUACUUACCUCGGAGGUAUUUUAAGCCCCAUCCCAGACUGCCAGUUCGAGCUCUCGGGGGCCGACGGCGUCGUGCGGUCCAGCCAGGUGGAGCAGGAGGAGAAGACGAAGCCCGGCCAGGCGGUGGACUGCAUCUGGACCAUCCGGGCCACCCCGAGGGCCAAGAUCUACCUGCGGUUCCUGGAUUACCAGAUGGAGCAUUCCAACGAGUGCAAGAGGAACUUCGUCGCCAUCUACGACGGGAGCAGUGCGAUCGAGAACCUCAAGGCCAAGUUCUGCAGCACGGUGGCCAACGACGUCAUGCUCCAGACCGGCGUGGGGGUGAUCCGCAUGUGGGCGGACGAGGGCAGCCGGCUCAGCAGGUUCCGGAUGCUCUUCACCUCCUUCGUGGAGCCUCCCUGCACCGGCAGCACCUUCUUCUGCCACAGCAACAUGUGCAUCAACAACUCGCUGGUCUGUAACGGCGUUCAGAACUGCGCGUACCCGUGGGACGAGAAUCACUGCAAAGAGAAGAAGAGGGCCGGCCUCUUCGAGCAGAUGACGCGGACCCACGGCACCAUCAUCGGCGUGGCGGCGGGCGUGGUGCUGGUGCUGCUCGUGGUGUCGGUGCUGGUGCAGGUGAAGCAGCCGCGGAAGAAGGUGCUGGCCUGCAAGGCGGCCUUCCACAAGCCGGGCUUCCAGGAGGCGUUCGACCCGCCGCACUACGAGCUGUUCUCGCUGCGCGACAAGGAGCUGGCGGCCGAGCUGGGCGAGCUGGGCGAGGAGCUGGACGGCUACCGGCCGCUGCGCCGCGCCUCCUCCGCCUCGCGCUGCGUGCACGAGCACCACUGCGGGGCGGCGCCGGGCAAGCCGGGCAGGACCGACCUGGCGGCCGCCGUGGAGCUGCCCUUCCGCAACGACUUCGCGCCGCCGCCGCCCAUGACGACCUUCAACAGCACCUUCCCCAAGACCCGCUGCGCCUUCCCGCCCGCGCGCCCGGGCCCCGAGCCGGCGCGCGAGGACCGCGUGAUGGAGGAGCUGCCCUGCGAGAUCUACGCGCGCGGCCGCGACGACUCCGCGCAGGCGUCCAUCUCCAUCGACUUCUAACCCCCCCACCCCCAGCUCACCUCCGCCCCCCUCGCCAGGGACCCCCCUCGCCAAGGACGUGCGCACACGGCCCCAGCGCAUCCACGUCUCCAACCCUUUCCUCCUCUCCAAGCGUCCAAGACUUGCACCUCCCGGCCCCCUGUCCUAACAGUGACUUUGUUUUUUUGUGGUUUUUUAAAAAUAUAUUUGUAUUGAUUUCAGUGAGGAAGGGAGAGAGAGAGAAGCAUCAGUGAUGAGAGGGAAUCAUCGAUAGGCUGC